CUGAUUCUUCUUUGUUCCUCAGUAAAACAAGAAAAAAAUACAGAAGAAAAGUAUUAUGCGUUUUACCCUUGCUAUCCUCUCUGCAGCUUAUCUUGCUCAGUUGGCAGCCACGGCUCCCACUACCGUGAGCAACAGCGAAAUCGACGCUAGCCAGUUCACCAGUGCUCAAAUCAGCCCAUUGGAAGUCAGUGAACAAUUCCAGGCCUUCAACUGGAUGGUCAGUGAAUCCUCUCCCGUCGUUGACCGCACCUUCACCAUUGACUUGGCCGAACCCGCAGAACUUCAAGUCACCGACUACAAAUUAGGUGGUGAUAUCUUUGAAAUCAUGGACAAUGGUAUGUCCCUUGGUAUGACCAGCUCUGCCAAUACCACCAGCGCAUACGCUGCGACACCUGAAGAAGCUCUUCAGAACCGCAUGUUCAGCCGAGGUGCCUUCGCUUUGGAACAGGGCAAGCAUCAGAUCAACGUCAAGAUCGCCACCUCUGCAAACAAGAUGGGUACCGGUGCUCUCCGUAUCGUUCCCAAAGCCCAGGCCCUGUACAACAAGAAGGGUUGGGAUGAUGAUAACGACUGGGAAGACAAGAAGUGGGGCAACAAGAAGUGGGGCAACAAGAAGGGCGGCUGGGGCAAUGACUGGAAAGACAAGAAAGGCGACUGGGACAACGACUGGGACAACGACUGGGAAGACAAGAAGGACUGGGGCCAUGACUGGGAAGACAAGAAGGACUGGGGCCAUGACUGGGAAGACAAGAAAGACUGGGGCAACGACUGGGCAGGCAAGAAGGACUGGGACAACGGUUGGGAAGGCAAGAAGGACUGGGACAACGGUUGGGAAGGCAAGAAAGAUUGGGACAACGGUUGGGAAGGCAAGAAGGACUGGGACAACGAUUGGGAAGACAACAACGACUGGGAAGGCAACAAGUGGGAUCACAAGAAGACCGUCUAUGUCUACUACACCGAACCCACCACUGAUAUCAGCACCGUCACCCGAACUGUCGCUGUCCAGACCGUCGUUCGCACGGAAACUAUCAGCACACCUGCCACCCGCAGUCUCACCUUAAUGAACCUCAUGUCGCUUCAAGAUUUACUGACCCUGGUGUAAUCAUUAUAAAAAACUGUCAAUUUAAAAACCCUAGAAUUUUUUCUCGAUGCUCCAAAAAUAAAUGAACAGAUCAUCCAUAUCUUUUAUACAUCCCUUCAACCGUUUGUAAGAAAUGAGCAGUUUAGUUUGUGCAUUCAAUUCAUGACACAUGGAGAUAAUUCGCUUGGGUGGCCAACACAAUGAUUGAUGUGGGGAAACGCCAAAAGACAUGGGUAUGCCGGUAUAUUUUUUUUUGUCGAUUGAUUGCUGUGUUGAGUUUUGAAAGAAUUUUAAGCAGUUCAUUUUGGAAGCAACAAGGGGGGAAAAAUCAGCGAAUACUGCAGAACGGACUGAAUCAUAACAUAUUCUUCAAGGCUCUAUUUCUAACAACGCGGGUUUUCAUUCGUCGAC